GCGGCCCCGCACAGAGGAGGUAUUAAACCCUGUUAGCGCAGUCUGCUGUUGUAACCAAGAUGAAUUUGUACAUCGUGCUCCUAGUUUUGCUGCAGUCCCUGGGAUGCUUCUGUGUCCCAGGACUUAACGUGGCGCCCAUGGCGGAGAAGGCUCUGGAAGCCUCAAUGGUGGAGUUCAACACACGGCACGCGGUCGCUCACCUUCACCGGGCGACCAAGGCCUCUGUUAAGAGGGUCAUCCCCGUCGGUCUCGAGACCUACGACCUGCUGAUGAAGUUUGAAACCAAGCAGACGCAGUGUCCCAAGAACUCGGGGGAGGACGCCAAGACCUGCGCCCUCGCGCUCAGCCUGUUCACGCCGAAGUCUGAGUGCUCCAGCCGCGUGCGCGUCACCGGCACCCGCACCCAGGUGGUCACGAUGAACUGCGCUCGGGACCAGAGCAGCAGCUCCAGCUCCGAAUCCAGCGAGGAGGUGUUCUCUAGGGGGCGCCAACAGUACGUCAUCCCAGGGUUGAGCCAAGUUUGACGGGACCCACCUACCCUGCCUCUCCUUCAGCAACCCAAGCACCUGGUCUUACUACUACUCGGCCCAGCCACCAGGGAGAGGUCCAUCCUAGAGGAGACGGCUUCAACAACAACCAGUAUCUAGAAUAGGAAUCAAACUAUCUGGACCUGGGAUGAGCGGAGGAUUUCGGUUUGUGCGUCACCGUUAAACCGUUACCUCAUAAUAAAAAAAUUAAAAACA